CGUGAGUGCCGUACUGCUUCAUCUAGGAAGUAACUUUGCAAUUCCUUUACUUUGCAUUUCAAAGCGUGUCGUUUAUACAAAUGCAGACAUUGGAUCAAGGCAGGAGAAAUUUAUGACCAUGAAGCCGAUGAAGUAUGGAAUGAUUUUGAUUUUGGUAUCCGUAUUUUGUAUGAUCUUAUCUUUCCUGUUUCACUCAAAUGCACAUAAGAUGUUCAGAUCUGGUAUUCCAGUAUCAAGAAAACCAACUGAAAUUGUAUCUGAACUUCAAGCCCAAGUUAACCAAAUCUUUUCUCACGUGGAUCAAAUGGUCCCUAAGGUCAAUGUCACCCACAAGGAUAAUACAUCUUGUGCUCAGAACAGCAUAGUCACCAUUGUAAAUCCAAAGGAAAGAUACUGUGUUGGGGACAAACUUAUUGUCCAAGUUGACAUGUUUGACUAUCUGAGAAUAAGGAAGAAUUAUGGAGGAGACUACUUGAAGGCAAGAAUCUUCACCCCAAAACUCGGAGCCGCAGCCUCUGGAAAGAUUGAGGAUUUUAAAAAUGGGACCUACCAUAUCCAUUUUACUCUGUUUUGGGAAGGUGAAAUUGUUGUGUCAGUGUUUCUAAUUCACCCGAGUGAAGGAAUCUCAGCCGUUUGGAGUUCAAGGAACAGAUGGUAUGGUUACAUAGAGUACAAAGGCAAGUUUACAAUGGAAAACCAACAAACUGAGGCCAAAUGUGGAUUUGAACGUGAUAAUUCAAAAGAAUCCUGUGAAUAUGCAGAUCCCAGAGAUGAGGAAUAUUUCUACUGUGAGAAGCCAUUGAACUACCCAUGCAAUUCACUUACAGACAUAAUAAGUGUUAAAAACCUAAAGUCAAAUUUGACUGAGAUGGAGAAAAGUUUUUUUGAAAAGUCCAAUACCAGAGUGGAAAUUCCAAAGGAUUUUGGAAAUAUCACAACUGUCAAAUGCAACAAAAAUACUGUCAUAAAGACAAGAUGCAAAAUUGGUAUGAAUUUAGAAUAUCCUAGUGGAUAUUUUAUGAAAAAUAUCUGGAAUCCACAUACUUGCAGUAUGCAGACCUACCGUAGUAUGGAAGAAAUUAACAAAUGCAUACAGGGGAAAUUUAUCUACAUUUUUGGAGAUUCAACUCUACGGCAAUGGAUGGAAUACUUCCAGAGCGAACUUAAAACGCUCACCAUCUUAAACCGAUAUGAAGGUGGAUGGGCAAAACAACUUUUGGGCAUUGAUCCGCAAAGAAAUAUAAUGAUUCGUUGGAAAAGACAUGCCAGCCCUUUUAUUACGACCUCAUACCAAUCCUACAAAGAGGAACGCACUAUCCCUCGAGAAAUUGACCUUAUCGGCGGACACCAACACACAGUUAUAGUACUGAAUAUCGGUGUGCAUUUCAGAUCUCACCCCCUACAUCACUAUAUUAGAAGACUUAUUAACAUCCGAAAAGCACUGGAACGUCUUUUUAUCAGAAGUCCACAAACCAAAGUUAUAAUAAAGUCUGAAAAUUCCGGCGAUGAAGCGACUGAUUUGGAGUUGAUGUGUGGUUUCCAUGGAUAUGUCCAAUAUUUAAUAAUGGAACAAAUUUUCAAAGACCUAAAUGUUGGAUUUGUUAAUGGGUGGGAUAUGACAACUGCAUUUGACUAUAAUAUUAUUCACCCUCCACGAACAUAUGUUCAAAAUGAAGUGGAUAUGCUUAUGACAUAUAUUUGUUAACGAAAAUGCAUCCAGUGAGAAUGUGAAGAAUAUUGUCGUGGAUCUGAUUUCUUUUAAUUAAAUUUAAUGUAAGGCUAGUCAACGAGCAGGUGGUACAAUAUAACUCCCAUGAAUGUA